AUGGAUGGACCCGAUCAAAUUGGUCCGGAUCGCUCGCCGAAACGAUCGGUCGCGGACAAGGCGAGGCGCAUUGUGAAGUCCUUCACCACGAGGGAAGGCCUCCUCGGCGACUAUGACUACGCCUACCUAUUUACCCCGCGCAUCCCCUUCACCAAACAAGUCCGCAAAUCGGCGCCCUUCUUCGGCCUCGAUGAUCGUGUGCCGGUUGUGUUGGCACUGAUUUUGGGAUUGCAGCAUGCGCUUGCUAUGUUGGCUGGUGUCAUUUCGCCGCCGAUUAUGCUGGGUGGUUCAGACGGUGUCAAUUUCGGCGAUGACCUAUAUCAGUACCUCGUUUCGACCUCGUUGAUUGUUUCGGGCAUUCUGUCUGCUGUGCAGAUGACCCGCUUCCACGUCUACGGGACGAAAUACUAUGUCGGAACGGGAUUGUUGUCUGUCGUUGGAACGUCAUUCUCAACCAUAACCGUCGCCCAAGGUGCCUUCAAACAAAUGUACGCAUCAGGCUACUGUCCCACAGACGUAAAUGGGAACAAACUCCCCUGCCCCCAAGGCUACGGUGCUCUCCUCGGCACAUCCUGCCUGUGCUCACUUCUCGAAAUCGGCCUCUCAUUCAUGAGCAGCCGCAUCCUCGCCCGCGUCUUCCCGCCCCUCGUCACGGGCCCUACCGUCCUCCUUAUCGGCGCCUCGCUCAUAAAAUCUGCCAUGCAAGACUGGGGCGGCGGCUCCUCGUGUGGUCCCUCGCCCCGAGCAAUGUGUCCCAGCGCCGACGCCCCGCAUGCCCUCCUCUGGGGAAGUCCGCAGUUCAUCGGGCUCGGCUUCUUGGUCUUUAUGACCAUCAUCCUGUGCGAGCGGUUCGGUCCGCCUAUUCUGAAAUCUUGCUCCGUUGUCGUCGGUCUGUUGGUUGGAUCAAUCGUCGCGGCCGCUUGUAAUUAUUUCGAGAAUUCUGGAAUCGCCGCUGCGCCUGUUGCGUCUUUUGCUUGGGUACAUACCUUCCCGCUCUCCAUCUACCCGCCUCUCAUCCUCCCGCUGCUGGCGCUGUAUGUCGUUAUUAUGAUGGAGUCUAUCGGCGAUAUCACGGCUACCUGCGACGUUUCCAGACUGCAGGUUGAAGGCGCGACCUUCGAUUCCAGGAUUCAGGGCGGCGUCCUCGGAAAUGGAUUAACCUGUCUUCUCGCCGGGCUGAUGACCAUCUCGCCGAUGUCGGUCUUUGCGCAGAACAACGGCGUCAUCGCCCUGACCAAAUGCGCGAAUCGCACCGCCGGCUUCUGCUGCUGCUUCUUCCUCGUCAUUAUGGGUAUCUUCUCCAAGUUUGCUGCUGCGCUUGUGGCGAUUCCCAGUGCUGUCCUCGGUGGUAUGACGACAUUCUUGUUUAGUUCUGUUGCUAUCUCGGGUAUAAGGAUUAUUUCUACGAUUGAGUUUACCCGUCGUAAUCGGUUUAUUCUUACUGCCAGCUUUGCGCUGGGUAUGGGCAUUACCCUUGUGCCGGAUUGGUGGUCUUAUUUCUUUUCUUACGAGGGGAAUAAUCAUGCGCUGGAGGGUCUGUUGAAUGCUGUGAACCUGGUUAUGGAGAACGGUUUUGCGGUUGCUGCUAUCCUGGGCGUGUUGUUGAAUCUUUUUAUUCCCGAGGAGGCGGAUGAUGACGCGCCGGAUGUGUUUACUGCGAAUGAGUCGGAAGAUGGACAGGUUGAGUCUGGCCCUGCCCAUGGUGUAAGCAAGGUGGAACCUGGUCUUUGA